AUGAACCUAGAGCGAGAUGACCUCGAAGACGAUGAAGCUACAUCUGACCAGGCGAGUGUUUGUCAAAACGAGGAAGAUGUGGAAGGACACGCGGAAGACGUUACUCUGCCAGACCUUCCCCAGGAAGAUGGUACAACGGAACGCGAUCUGAACCAUGCGGAGAGCAGGGCUGCAGAAUUGACCGAAGAACUAGAUAUUAUGGAUUUAGAGCAAUUCCACCUCGAAUGGCCGGAAGAAUUGGAUGAUGACUCCCCCGUGUCGGACGCUACAUCUGAGCCCCAUGCACGCGUUCUCCAUAGCCCAACUGCUGCCCUAGCACAUCAUUCUACAGAGGUAGAACCUGUGUAUCUGUCGAGUCUUUCCCAUCCUCCCGACCUCGACACAACGUCCCCUCCUCUGGACCGUUCGCACCACACAGAUCAGCUGGAAACGAUAGGCGCCGCAUCUCUCUUGUUACCCAGAAGCCGCGACAGUACGAGCAAAUCAGGACGUCAGAGUUCACCGCCUGUAGUUCAGCCUAAAUCGCGGUCCGCACGCCUAGCGUGCCUUGCAGACGUGCUGUCUGACCUAGGAUUUGAUUCCGAUGCGCUGCUCAACGCGCUCAGUUGCACGGAAGACGAGUGGGAUCCAGUCAACAAGAUGGUCAUCAAGAGAGGCAGAUUCGCAGAUUGGAUCCACCUCAAGAAGAGACUGCGAGCUCGGGCGGCAAAGGUAUCGUCGCAUUCCUCCCGUAACAUUGAUGAGGAUGUAAAUGCAAAGCCUCCGCCGAGAGGUGUUGUGGAAUCUUUUGUGAAUACCUUAUCGUCGUCGGACCGACAUGCGUAUCUUGUUGCCAUGUUCUCCGACCUGGGUUUUGAUGCGGAAGAUGUGCUUGAUGAUCUGUGCGGGAUGGAAGAAGAGUGGGCAGUGAUCAAGGAGAACAUCAUCCGCUUGGGCGGGCAAUUCGCCUUUGCAGACUGGGUACUGGUGAAAUGGGGGUUACGAACGAGAGCAGCCCGACUACAGGCGACGGCUUCCGAUUCAUGA